AAGCUACAAGGAGCGGCGCCUCUCGUCCUCCCGCUCCUCAGGCAGGCAGGACGGCGCUGUGCUCUGCCCCUCAACUCGCGACUUCAGAAGCGUGUGUGUGAGAGGGCGAGUGAAGCUGCGCGCCCCUUGCUGUGUUGGUGCUUGCCUGUUCCUCGUCCUGGGCACGAGGGGUGCUCGGGCCGGUCCGUCCCCACCGCUAGAGGCUGCUUGCCGCCCCUCUCCCCUCACUGCCUGCCGCUCUUGCUCUUCUUUGCGCCCCCCUGUCGCCGUUGCUAGGGUGGCGGGGCUAUGCUUGCUGCUGUGGGCAGUGGCGGCGGCGACGGCGCUGCUGAGCCGGCUGGCGGUGGCGGUGGGGCCGGUGGUGCGGUGCGAUCCGUGCGACGCGCGGGCUCUGGAGCAAUGCAAGCCCUUGGCGCCCGAGUGCCCAGAGCUGGUGCGCGAGCCGGGCUGCGGCUGCUGCUUAACGUGCGCCUUGCAAGAAGGACAGCCGUGCGGCGUCUACACCGAGCGCUGCGGCUCCGGGCUCAGCUGCCGGCCCCGAAGCGACGAGCCGAAACCUCUGCAGGCGCUGCUCGACGGCAAGGGGCUCUGCACCAACGUCAGCGGCGACGCAGCGGGCGGCGGCAGCAGCAGCAGCUCCUCCGCCAGCAACAGGCUCGGCGACUUCCUCCCGCGCGGGACCCACGGGCCAGGGAAUUCCAGUGAUUCAGAUGAAGACCAGAAUAUCAGUAGUACAGAAAAUCAGUCUGUCCCCAACACAAACAGGAUGUUAGACUCACAUGUCCACCAGACCAAAAUAGAUGUCAUAAGGAAACAAUAUGCCAAAAAUACCCAGCGCUACAAAUACGAUUCACAAAGCACAGACACACAGAAUUUCUCUUCUGAAUCGAAACAGGAGACUGAAUAUGGUCCUUGCCGGAGGGAGAUGGAAGACACAUUAAACAAUCUGAAGAUUCUGAAUGUUUUAAGCCCAAGAGGAUUGCAUAUUCCAAAUUGUGACAAGAAGGGAUUUUACAAGAAAAAACAGUGUCGUCCAUCCAGAGGCCGGAAGAGAGGCUAUUGCUGGUGUGUGGAUAAAUAUGGGCAGCCACUCCCUGGAUAUGAUGGGAAAGGGAAAGGAGAUGUCCAUUGUUACAAUUUAGAAAACAAAUGAGAAGAGGCCACCAUCUUCCAUGGAGUCUGUGUGUGGCAUCUUGACCAGUCAGAGGCCUUGGAGUGACUGGGCUAUAGCGUGGAAUGCGUUGGACUUGGGAAUUCUGAGUUUUGACCCCUAUCUAUAUUGGGGAGAGUCAAUGACUCUGUGGAUUCUGCAGCUGCAUCCUGCCACUGAUUCACUUUCAACUUUCCAUAGAUGUACACAGGGAACUCUGAAAUCCCAGAUAAAUCUGCACUAUUGAUCCCCAGAAUGAAUAAGAAAGGAAAAAAAAAGGCACUACAGAAUGGAUUCAGGGAGCCUCCACUGACUUUGGUUUUUCUUUUUGUUUUUAAAUAACGGCCUGUGACCAAUUUGAUCCCGAAAGAUAACUGUGUUUUUAUUUUGAAGAAUUUACAGACUGUAAGUAUUGUGAAGAUAUUUAACACAUUGGGCAUGACACAACCCAAGCUAAGCACUUUUAAAGUCACAUCAAUUAUCCAUGUGUUUAAAUAUCUUCCAUUGAAAUAAAAGGAACUUAAGUUGCAAUCCUUUAUGCACUUAGCUUGAGAAUAAGCCCCAUAAAACUCAGUGGGACUUAUAGCUGAUAAAUAUAUAGGAUUGUGCUGUUAAUAGUGCUUAUGUUGGGCUGAAUCACACUCAAAGUUUUAAACUAAGCUGUUUUGUUUUUAUACAGGUCUGACGGGAACUUUAUUUUCACGGGUAAAACAUGUUUUAUUAAAAGAAAAAGCUCAAAGAACUUUUAAAAGAUACAUGUUUCUACAUGGUUAUUUUUCCUGUAAAAAUAUACUGUAUUAUGACUAUUCUGUUAGUCUGUAUUUAAUAUAAUUGUUUUUUAAUAAACUAUUUAAAUGUAACAUAUAAAUAUCCAAAUGAUACCCAAUCAUUGUAGUGUAUGUUUCCAAAUUCUCUUUCCCAGGAGACUUACCAAGGCCUGUGCAUGUUAAACAAACACUGUAAAGGUGGAUCAUCCACUGUUUGUGAAGUGGACCAAUCAAUAUUUACAAGAUCCUAGAGACAGAAAGAAGCAAUAUUUUUCAAUAGAUAAUGUGCAACGGUUUCCAUUCUUCAUGAUCAUUAAAUCUUAAUUAGCAUUAUUCAUGAAUCCUUGUCCAAGACUGGCAGAUUUCAAAAUUACAUCUCUUGGGGCUAGUCUGAACCAAUUUCAUCCAAAUAUUGAUAAAAUCAGUUGAGUAGCCAUUAGGCAAAAUAGAAAUAGUAGAUGAGAGAAGGAUUUGAUUAACUUGAUAACAAAUACAUACCAAGUACUUUACUAGACUCUUAAAUAGAGCGUAGGCACUGAAUUAAAGGACAUGUGAAAAAUGCCUCUCAAAGUGACAUCUGAUCUACAAAAGCUUAUGCUAUAAUAAAUUUGUGAAUUUUUAAGGUGCCAUGAGAUUCUGUUGUCUUUGUCUGAGCAGAUAUCUAAACAGUCUGUUUAAAAGGUUUAAAUAUUUUAUGCUUGUUUCCAGUAUACAUGUUCAGUGGCUUCCUAAAUUCUUGACAUUGCAUCCUGAGGAAACAGGAUGCAGAUAAGGAAGAUUUCAUGUAAAACACUGGACUGUAACAAACUUUACAUAGAAAAGGAUUGUGUGUUUCACAUGUAUGGGUACUUAUUGGUAUUUUUAAGAGAAAAUACUAAGCAAACAAUGCCAUACCUCUGUCUUAAAAUGAAUUAUAGAAACUGUAACAUCCUGUGGCAAUAUUUUUGGUUGACUUGUAUGUUAACUGAGAGAUUGUGAGACAGGAGUUAAUUCAGAUAGUAAUAAAAAUAACGGUCAGGAAUUGAACU